AUGGCCAAGAUCGGUCCUCCACCUGAGAAUGCUGGCAACCAGCCCUCAACUCUCCACUCUCUCAUCAUGACGCCUAUCAAUAUUACCGUCUUCCUUUUAUCACUCCUCCUGGUCGAUUUCCGUCACACUGCCGGUCGCAACAACUUCUACGGUACUGGUAACCGACAAUCAAAAUGGCUGCCCCGGUGGCUUCUUCAACCGUAUCAGCACAUUGGGCAUGCAGACCAUGACGCUCAUGGUCGCUGGCACUAUCACAGCAAGCAAAAGAAACUCUUGAGAAUGGAAGCAGACGAGGCUUUUCAGAUGCGAUCUACUGUGCUCAUGUUAAUGGCGUUGACUCUGGCUCUGGCUACGAUUGCUGUUUGGUUUUUAUCAAGCUGGCUGUUACAUAGCGUCGCUGCUCUUGUCGAACCUCAUACUGGCAACCAAACCAUUCCACCUCCAGGGCUAUGA